AUGCGACCGGUAUCAAUAUUUUCAGCCACUUUAUGCGGCGUCCUCUGGAUCUCGGCGGGUACUAUCGUCGGCGUUGCUGCUCAGGCUUCUAGUUCAACACCUACUCCUGUCCCAACAGAUUACGGUUUGGAAUGUAGGGCAGUAUACUUGCCAGACCCUGUAUGCCAGACGUUCUGUAGGACCAAUGGUGUGGUGGCAGCCGCUACCGAUGCAUCUUGCGUAAACCAGAAAUCAAUAGUUUCCACAGACUUAACCACAGAUGGGAAGACAACGGCCGCCAUGCAAACAAAAACUCUUACAAACCCAGAAGACCAAUCAGUCACAACAAUAACACUCGCAAAUGGGAUGCCAUUGUAUGAUGUUACAACGGUUCUGAAUUUGAACAGUGAGGUUACAGCCAUUGUUACGGCGACACGAGGCGUGUCGGAUACUGCGACAGGUGUCCGUCAUAUAGCUACCAGCAGUCCUUCAGGCACCACCGGCGGCGCCUUCACCUCCGCAACCCAGGCCAGCGACGACUCCACCGCCUCCAGCGGUGCUACCAGUGCCACAUCCUCCCGCGGCGGCGGCAAGUCCAACGCCGGCGCCAUAGCCGGCGGCGUUGUCGGCGGAAUCCUCGGUCUCCUGCUUAUCGUUGCCGCCGUGUUCUUCAUCCGCCGCCGUAAAAACAAAUCUACGCCCCGCGACGCAUUCUCCUCCCUUGAGAAGAACCGCGGCGAGAACUCCCCGCAGUCGACGACGCCGCAGAUACCAAUCACUUCGUACGACCCGCCGACAGCAGCACCACCGCCGCCACAGCUGCAACAGCCGCAUCAGGAGUCGCAGCAUUCGCUUAUGGGUUCGUACCCGCCGCCUGCGAGCGUACCGCCCGCGAAGCAGCAGGUUGAGGUGGAUGAGGAUGGUGUGAGCUUGAGGAGUCCGACCCCACCGUUAGGGGAGGAAGAGGAUGUGGGGAGGGGGAGGGAUUAUGUGCCCAGGUUGCCCAUCUACCAUAGAGGGAGUGAUGAGACGCCGAGGGGACCGGCGUUAUAG